ACACUCUCACACAUAUACACCAUAAUGACUGCCUCCUUGAAGUUUGUAAACGUCGGUAUCAUCGGCCCUGGUCUUGUGGGAAGAGCUUUGAUCAAGCAACUGAUGGAAUUCGGGGCAAGCAAUGGUGUGCGUAUUGCAGGUAUCAUCAAUUCGAAAUCUAUGCUUCUGAUCAAAGGAGAUGAUUGGGAAUCCGCCGUAAAGGACUGGCCCAACAACUCUGAGACGUCCAACAUGCAGAACUUCACCGCCCACAUGGCAUCACAAGCCGUGCCAGUAAUGGUUGAUUGCACAUCCAGCGACGCCGUUGCCGGACAAUACCCUGAAUGGCUAUCGCAGAAACUUAGCAUCGUAACACCCAAUAAGAAGGGGUUCAGUGGCGACAUGAAGCUAUACAAAACGCUAUCACAGGCGAAUCAAAACACGUACGUCUACCACGAGGCGACCGUAGGUGCGGGACUCCCUAUCAUCAGCACAUUGAAAUCACUAGUCCGAACAGGUGACAAGAUCGUCAAGAUCGAAGGAAUCUUCUCUGGAACAAUGUCAUUCUUGUUCAACACCUUCUCUGCUCCCAAUGGCGCCCCUGAGAGUUUCUCGAAAUGUGUAGGAAUUGCUAAGGAUUCUGGCUACACCGAGCCUGAUCCCAGAGACGAUCUUAACGGUAUGGAUGUUGCUCGCAAGGUUACUAUCCUGGGUCGUGUAGCUGGUCUGGAUAUCUCCUUGGAUACUCUUCCUGUGGAAAACGUGGUACCUGAAGCUCUGCGAUCGUGUCAAACAAGCGAGGAGUUCAUGACCAAACUACCCGAAUUCGAUGAGCAUUUCGGAAAGUUAAACGCGGAGGCAGCCGCUCGCGGAGAAGUCCUUCGAUAUGUUGGAACAGUCGACCCCUCUGGAAAGAGUUGUACUGCACUAAAGGCAUUUCCCAACACACACCCCUUCGCAUCACUCAAGGGCAGCGACAACAUCAUCUCAUUCAUCACUGAGAGGUACCCGGUGCCACUCAUUGUGCAAGGUGCCGGUGCAGGUGCCGAUGUAACUGCAGCCGGAAUUUUCUCCGAUAUCCUGGCCAUCUCCGAUCGCCACAACUAGAAUAGCAACGCGAGUAAACAAGGCUCGUGGAUCCAUUGCUGUGCUGUUUAAUAUUGGGUACAUUCAGUAAAUAGAUCACGGCCUUUUUUUUCUCUUCUUCAAGCUUUGUAACUUAUUGGUAUAAAUGAUAUGCAG